UACUGCAACCUGGCCAGAGGGCCGAGUAUUCCAAAUUGCAGAGCCGGAGUUCAGAAGAAGAGAGAAAACAGAGAAAGAAGACGACAGAAAAAUGGGCGUGAAUUACUACAAGAUUCUUCAGGUUGAUCGCAAUGCCAACGACGAUGAUUUGAAGAAAGCGUACAGGAAGCUCGCCAUGAAGUGGCAUCCAGAUAAGAACCCUAACAACAACAAAGACGCCGAAGCCAGAUUUAAGAAAAUAUCUGAGGCUUAUGAUGUUCUGAGUGAUCCUCAGAGACGAGUUCUGUAUGAUCAGUUAGGAGAGGAGGGUUUGAAGGGGCAAACGCCAUUUCCAGGUGGCCGUUGCAGUAACUCGACUGACCAUGGUCCGUCGGCCAUGUUUGGCUUCAACUCGAGAAGUGCCGAUGAUUUGUUUUCGGAGUUGUUCGGUUUUCGCAAUCCUUUUGUAGGAGUGGGCUGCACGGAUGACCCUCGUGCUGCUGCUUAUGGAUUUUCACGGGGUUUGUUUGGUGAUGAUAAACCUGGCUCCUCCAGGCGUGGGGCUGGUGCGGCCUCCGGUAAUAUGACUAGCAAAAAUGCCGCUAUAGAGAAGACUCUGCUGUGUAGUUUAAAAGAUCUAUACAAUGGAUCUGCGAAGAAGAUGAAGAUUUCUAAGGAUGUCAUGGAUGCUAGUGGGAGACCUACUACAGUGGAGGAAGCCUUAACAAUAGACAUCAAGCCUGGAUGGAAGAAGGGAACUAAAAUAACUUUUCAACAGAAUGGAAAUCAACAACCAAGAGCAAUAACCUCGGACCUCGUGUUUACCAUCGAUGAAAAGCCUCAUAGAGUUUUCAAAAGGGAUGGCAACGAUCUUAUUGCCACCCAAAAUAUUUCUCUGGUAGAAGCUCUAACAGGUUACACUGUGCAUCUGAUUACUCUUGAUGGCCGAAAUUUGACAAUCCCAAUCAAUUCAAUCAUUGGGCCCAGUUAUGAAGAAGUUGUCAGAGGGGAAGGGAUGCCAAUUUCAAAAGAACCUUCUAGAAAGGGGAAUUUGAGAAUCAAGUUCAACAUCGAGUUCCCCAUCAAACUGACGUCAGAGCAAAGAAGGAGCAUCAAUCAGUUAUUAACAUCUUCAUAAAAGAUGGUAACUCGUUCUCUAUUCAUCGUAUAUAUGGUUUUCAUUUCUUUAGUGUUCUGAGAAGUAAGUUCAUGUUUGUGUUCCAUUUAAUAAGUGAAUCAGACACAGUUGUUUGGUUUAGGAGCUUAAUAUGAAACUGAAUAUUUCAUUCAUUCACAGUUGCAAUUUCUGAAUCUGAGCCAAUUGUCAAA